UUUGUUUCCUUACCAAUCCUUUUUCCAUUUCAACCUAAAUACUAUUUCUCACCAAAGUGGAAUGAUGGGAAGAGCAAAAAUAGAGAUAAAGAGAAUUGAGAACAAGGCAACCAGAGGGGUGACCUACUCAAAGCGUAGAAAAGGAUUAAUUAAGAAAGCUUAUGAGCUAAGUGUUCUGUGUGACACUGAUAUUUCUCUGCUCAUGUUCUCUCCUACUGGUCGACUCACCUCCUUUUCGCCCAAGCAAAGAAUCGAAGAUGUGUUUUCUCGUUUUUUAUCUCUCUCUCUACGUGACAGAGGAAGUGCUCUCCUGGAUAGAGAGCAGCUGUUGAGGAGCCAGAAUCUUCUGGGGAUGAUGCGUGGAACCAAUCCAGCUGUUGCUGCCUCUACCACUAGCCAAAUUCGUCAGGAACUCAAACAGGAAAUUAAUGCUUUACUACAACAAAUUCAUGUAGCUGAGGAAAAAUUAAGUAUGUAUGAGCCUGAUCCCGGGAAAAUGACAUCAAUGGAGGAGCUGGAAGCAUGUGAGAAACAACUUGAGAGCCUCUUAAUUUCUGUCAUGAAGAGAAGGAUGGACCUAAGUUCCAAAAUGGAAGCAAGCGCCGAGAAAGUAAUGAAGCAGAUUUGUUAGCUUAUGAUGAUGCUUUUAAUCAGCCACAAAGUUUCGAUUCAUCGGUUAAUUAUGGUACUACUUCUGAAAGGAAUAACAUGUUUUCCACAAUAAUGGUUCCAUCGAAUAUUAAAGGAAGCAGCUCCAGUCUUAAUGUUGAAAAAAUCCAAGCUCCAAAUGAUAAUUAGCAUCUUGUCAUGGCCCUAUAUAUCACACUUUAAGUGAUCCUAUCUCCUAAAACUUUGUUGCAGUGAGAUUUAAAUUUCCAACAACUCUAGAUGUGAGUUUAUGUGAGUUUUGAAUAAAUAUGUGGGAGUUUUGAAUAAAUAUGUGCUCUAUAAGUGCAAUGUAUCAGUACUUGGUAGUGAUCGACUAAUAAAUUUGUUACAUAUGGAUGUUAUUGGUCUUGUAUAUAGAUCUAAACAACACAGUUAGCUCAAAUUAAUACAGUUCUGAAAUUGUUAGACUUCAGUAAAGGUAGG